UUAUUCAACAACUCAAAAACAGCAGCUGCUGAGACCACUUUGAGAGGAUGAUGGUCCUAUACAGAGCUCUGAUUCUGGGGGCCCUCACUCUCACCAUCGUAAUGAGCCCCUGUGGAGGUGAAGACAUUGUGGCUGAUCACGUGGGCAUCUACGGCACAAAUGUCUACCAGUCUUAUGGUCCCUUUGGCCAGUACACCCAAGAAUUUGAUCAAGAUGAGAUGUUCUACGUGGACCUGAAGAAGAAAGAGACUGUGUGGCGGUGGCCAGAGUUUAGCAAAUUUGCAAGUUUUGACCCACAGGGUGCACUGACAAACAUGGCUAUAGUAAAACGCAGCUUGGACAUCCUGACUAAACGUUACAACUCUACUGACGCUACCAAUGAGGUUCCUGAGGUGACUGUGUUCCCCAAGUCUCCUGUGAUGCUGGCUCAGCCCAACAUCCUCAUCUGUUUUGUGGACAACAUCUUCCCACCUGAGAUCAACAUCUCAUGGUUGGUCAAUGGGUGUUCAGUCACAGAGGGUGUGUCCGAGACCAGCUUCCUCCCCAAGAGUGAUCAUUCCUUCUCCAAGACAAGUUACCUCACCUUCAUCCCUUCUGAUGAUGAUGUUAUUGACUGCAAGGUGGAGCACUGGGGCCUGGAGAAGCCACUCCUGAAACACUGGGAACCUGAAAUUCCAUCCCCUGUGUCAGAGCUGACAGAGACUGUGGUCUGUGCCCUUGGGUUGACCAUGGGUCUCGUGGGCAUCAUGGUGGGAACCAUCCUCAUCAUCCAAGGCCUGCGCUCAGGUGGAGCCUCCAGACACCAAGGACCCUUGUGAGUCACACCCUAGAAGGUGCACUGCCCAUCUAACAAGAGAGGAGAAUGAGCAUGUUAGAUGACCAUGAACUAUUUUCUGCAUAGUUCAUCAUAUUUCCUUUCUCCUCCAACACUCCUCUCACCUCUUCUAUGGGGCUUAAGAUACUAU